AUGGCCGAUACCCUCCUCGCCGCCUCCACGUUCCUCGAGAUAAUGUCGAUAUGGAAGAACAACGACCCUGAGAUCACUUCCAAAACCAAGUUCGCCAAAUACCACGCGCUACGCAUCGUCAAAGCCAUCAAAGCCAACGAAGACCCCAAUGCGACGAACCCCGUACAAGAAACACCGCAGCAGCCCAUGUCGCCGUCUGCUCUAGAUCCAAACGACCCAGAAGUCCAGCGCAUAAACCAAGGCGCUCCACCCCCGAACCCAUACCAACCAUCCGUAGAGACAGCACCGAAUACCUCUACCCAACCAUCGCCCAACUUCUCCGCACGCCAAGUAUCACCACCACCUCCCAACCUCCCUUCUGCACCUACUGGAUACACCCAGUCAUCGCACAACGAUGUAUCUCCAAUAUCACAACCCGCCACCUCGAGGCAGGGCUCUGUCGUUUCGAUCGGUGGUGGAUACUUUCCGAGGACCGAUGCUCCAGAUCCUCCUACAUUCACGGCAGAGACGACGGCACCAGGUCUACCAACCGCUCCAAUGGACAUAGACCCCAUGACGUCUUCUCUGCCCACGAGCCCUCAGCCACCACAAGCUCCGGAACCAUCAGACCCUGCAAGCUUCUAUCAAAACCCGGCGUCUCCUGCGCCUGCUCAGGCUCCUCAGCAGCCACCACCACAAAACCCAUACCAAUCUCCAACGCCCCCGCAAGUUCCGCAAAAGCCUCAGAGAUUAUCUUCCAGCUUCGGAGCGCCCCCACAACAACAUCAGUUUGCCUCGCCUUCGCCACAGCCGCCUCAACAACAGUACCAACAAGGCGGAUUCUCUCAGCCUGCUCAGCCGCAGUACCAGUCAACGCCCCACCAGAAUCCAUACGCUCAACCACAACCUCCUCUCCAGCAAACAUCGCAGGGUCCGUUCAGGAAUGACGAAGAUUCCAUCAUGGAAGCUACAAAGCACGCCAAAUGGGCCAUUUCUGCAAUGAACUUUGAAGAUGCAGAUACUGCUGUGAAGGAGCUACGCACAGCGUUACGGGCUCUGGGUGCGUUAUAG